AUGUUUGUGAGUUGCCUUGAACUUUCCGCCUUUUUGGCUUCUGAGAAACGAAACACCCUUGUUCAUAUCUAUGUCAAGAAAUUGCAACAAGUUUUUGGCAUAGAGUUUCUCGUCAUAAAAGCUGGUUUGAAGGAGUUCCAAAAACGUAUCCAACAAGGCUCCUCGAUCUUCUUCCUUGAAAGCGGGAUCCACAAUCUCACCUUUGAGUACCAUCAUGGAAUACUUACAAAUUUCAACGGCAUACUCCUGUUUGACAAGUACGUCCUGUUCUUGGUUUCCGAGAAGCUUGAGAAAUUCUAUUCGUGCCCAGUAGUUUGUGCCUUGGCGAACAAAUUCCAUGAUUUUGCUAUUGGCCUUCUUAAACUGGGUCCAACCUGUGGUAUCUGCUCCUUUUGCAAAUUUUAUAGCUUCGUCGCUUCGUGUGAAAACUACGGUGUAAAUCAUCUCUCUGAUAAAGCAGCACUUCUUCUUCGCAGAUUCAGUAAGCUUGGCUAA